AUGGACGUGGAUAUGGCGACCGACUCUGCGCAACCCGCGCCCGCGCCAUCAGCACCACCAGCACCGACGGCUCCAACUGGUACGGUUCCAACGGUGCCUUCUACAGCCGCCUCGGCUGGGAGCCCUGGAACUCUCAAGCUCGGCGAGCCUCGGCGGCGCAACCGGCCAGCGCUCUCGUGUAUCCAGUGCAGAACGCGCAAAAUUCGCUGCGAUCGCAACGAACCAUGUGCAAGCUGCAUGAAGUCCAAGAUCGUCAAUUGCACCUAUGAAGAGGCGCGCCGGCCUAAGCCGCGGCUCUGGCGGCUCUCGCCGGCCCCGGCAGGCGGCCCCCACCCCGAACUGUCCCCGACAUCUGCCGACGAGCGUUCGGGCGCUAGGUCUACGUUUGCCUUCCGGGACUUGGCGGUACCUAUGCCAUCCUCGGUCCCGAAUGCCUCAUGCGGUAGUUCAACCACUGCACCACUCGGCAAGAGCCCCGAGUCCAUCUCCGCUGCCAGCCCACGCUCCAUACCACCAGCGCAUCACCAUGGGCCAGAUUCCGGGUCUGUCACAACGGGCCCGCUCGGGAAUACAGCGGCUCUCGCCGAGCGUGUGCGUCAGCUCGAACAGCAGCUGGCUGACGCAUUGAAACGACCAGAUCAAGGCUCGCCGUCGUCCCGCUCAGCCCAUACCGCCACAUCCCUGGACCAUGGACUUCCAUCCCGGCCCUCUCGCCCUGACUCGUUAAUGAACGGGGAAAAGCUUUUCCCUCUUCUGUUCAACGUCGCGGACCGCAUUGAAUCCGACAAGAGCUCAGAUGCCUACUUUCUGCUGCAGAAGUGCAAGGGUCUAGGCAACGCCGUCUUGACGACGAGGAGUGCGAGAUCUGUUCGACCGCAGCUUGGCAACGAGAUUCCUGACGAGAAGACCGCUCGUUUGUUAGUGGAUGCAUAUUUCAGAACAUUCGAAAGUGUUUACCGCAUUAUCCACCGACCAACGUUCUGGGAAGGUUAUCGGAGGUACUGGGAGAAUCCCAGCGAGGCUGACACAACUUUUGUCGUCCUGAUGCAGCUUUGUAUGGCUAUUGGGACAUGCUUUCAGGACGAGGUGGUCGGUUUACGCCGGCUGGCUACCCAAUGGAUACACGAAGCCCAGGUCUGGCUCGUUUCGCCCAUUGAAAAGUGUCUGGUCAGCUUCGCCGGUGUCCAGGUCAUGUGUAUGCUGCACAUCGCCAGAGAGACCUGUGGGGUUGAAAGUGACAUGGUUUGGAUAAGCGCUGGUUCACUAUUCCGGACAGCCAUGUUCCUCGGCCUUCACCGCGAUCCCGAUAACUUGCCCAACAUGUCCGUGUACGGUGCGGAACUGCGACGGCGCGUAUGGGCAACUGUCCUAGAGAUUGUGCUACAGUCCAGCCUGGAUUCAGGGGCACCCCCUCUCAUGAAUUUGACCGACUUUGACACCCGCCCACCCUCAAACUACGAUGACGAUCAACUCACCGAAAACGCAAAGUUCCCUUCAAUCCCUCGCCCUCCAAACGCAUUCACCCAUAGCACGGUUCAAAUCGCCCUUAUGCGCUCGUUUCCGAUACGGCUAGCGGUUGCCCAACACGUCAAUCACUUCACCUCGCCCGGCACGUUCGAGGAGACGUUGAAAUGGAACACUGAGCUGACCAACGCCUGCCGCGCUCUAUCCGCCACGUUCCAACCAUUCUACGACCCCGCGGGGAUUCUUCCCAAACGCUUGUCACUGUUUCAACUGCGCCUCGCAGAACACAUGGUACAUCGUUUCUUUCUCGCGCUCAACUAUCCCUGGCUUUGGUCGGCACACAACAACCCCACCUACUACUUUGCACGCAAGAUGUGCGUCGAGACGUCAUUGAAACUGUAUCGGGCCAUAUCAACCGGCUCUCCAGCAGGCGACUCUGGGACCGCCAGCCAAUUCGACGACUUCACACGACUUGCCACUUGCGCGUACGGCGCGUUCCGAUCUGUUCCUACGCUCGCUGUCCUGACCAUCUGUCUUGAGCUCUUGUGGCAAGUCCAAGAAGAUAGGUCAUUCAGGCAGACGAUGAACAUGGACCAUUCGCUUGAGCGGCCAGCAGCCCCUAGCAACGACUCAGAUGUCAACAACUCCGUAGGCAUGGGCAUUGGGAGUGGCGCCGCCCCGCGACAGGAACUACUGGAGGCUGUCAAAUAUUCGAUUGGGUGGAACGAGCGACGCAUUCGAUGCGGAGAGACUAAUGUCAAGGGGUAUCUUCUCUUCUCUGCUCUACUCUGCCAGGCGCAAGCCCUGCAGCGCGGUGCAUCGGAUGUGGAAGCAGAGCGGUUAGUGCUGGCCACCGUUGGCGACGAACUGAACCGUAGUUUUCUUCUACUACAAGACGCGGCGAGUUUCGACCCGGCGUUUACGGCAAGCGGCGGGGAAUCAACGCGCGAGAUGAAUUCCGGUUGGGGUGUCGGCUCAGGACCGGAUGACAUAAUACGAGCACGUGGAUUCAACUCCAUAUUCAACAUUCAUGAUGCCGACUUCUUCCUCGGCAGUUAA